AUGGCGGCGCCCGCAGGCAUCCGCCACGCCGUCCCGCCGCCCAGGGGUUACCAGUUCUUCACGGCUGGUAUCUUAUCUCAUGGUUGCAGCAAGAGCCGGGGCGGGGGGCCCAGCAUGAGCAGCAAGCAGAAGCAGAUAGCGAAAAGCAAGAGCAUGUUCGCCGUCUGCUUCGUCUUCCCGCCCGACGAGGUGCGCUCGGCGGGGCUGACCGUGCAGAGCCUGCUGGGCGCCUGGCUGGGCAGCGAGGACGCGGCCUUCGUGCAGUACCACGUGCGGCGCAGCACAGGCACGAUGCUGGCGCACUCCCUGCUGCCCCUCGGAUAUUACCUUGGUAUGUGCUUCGCAGCCCCAGAAAAGCAUCUUUGUUAUUUUUACUUGGCUCCAAAGGGAUGGAAAGCCUUCUUUUUUCUCGCUGUUCUCCUCCCAGCAGUCACCGGCGCCCUGGCGUAUUACUGGUCGCGGAAAGGUUGGAAUAAUCACCCGCUAGCUCGGACGCUGGCUGUUCACGCGCUCCCGCAGUCGGGUUGGAGGGCAGUAGCGUCCUCCAUCAAUAUGGAAUUCAGAAGAAUUGAUAAAUUCGCUACUGGAGCGCCGGGAGCACGAGUGAUCGUUACAGAUACGUGGGUGAUUAAAGUGACCACCUACUGUUUACAUGUUGCCCAGCAGCAGGACGUUCACUUGACGGUGACGGACUCCAGACAGCACGAACUCUCACCAGACUCCAACGUGCCCGUGCAGUUCCUCACCAUCCGUGUUGCCAGUAUUAAUCCCUAUGUGAAGGCGUUUGAUAUUCGGUUGAAUUCCACAGAGUAUGGGGAGCUCCGUGAAAAGCUCCGUGCUCCAAUCACUAAUGCAGCCAAUGUUGUGAUCCAUCAAAGCCUCAGUGAUUUAUUUCUAGAAACUUUUACAUCUCUAGUGGAAAUUAAUCAGACAUACCCUGCUCCAAGCAAUCAGGAACUGGAGCCGUGCAUAGGGUGCAUGCAGACUAACGCAAAUAUCAAGCUCAUCAAGAACUGCCAAGAGCCAAACGAAGGAGAGUGCCAGCAGUGCUACUGUCGUCCUAUGUGGUGCCUCACCUGCAUGGGUAAAUGGUUUGCCAGCCGGCAGGACCAGCAGCACCCAGAGACCUGGCUCUCAAGCCAAGUGCCUUGUCCAACUUGCAGAGCCAAAUUUUGCAUUUUAGAUGUUUGCAUAAUACGGUGAACAUUAUUUUUAUAUGUUUUAACUUUUAAAAUUCAA